AUGCAAUUUGUCAGGGACGACUUUAUUCUUGAAGAAGAUCAUGAUGAUAAAGAAUCAGUUGAUGUUCACACUGAUAUCAAACUGACAUUCCCUCAAGUUUUAACGAUAAACGAUCUCAUCAAAAAUAUUAUAAGAUCAAACGCACUUGAAAGCGGUAAAACAAAAUCACGCAAACUCUUUUAUCGCGUACAGAAUGGCAUUACAAAAAAUAUAUAUCGUAAUAAAAACAUCAAAUUACCUCCAAUGAGUCAAUUAUCAAGAAUUGCAAAAAAUACUUGGUAUAAGGAACCACAAGACAUAAAUAUAGUUGAAAAUGACCAAGGAAACGGGCAGGUUAUACCUUUGCAUGUGAUGGGUGAAAUUUUUGCGGCAGAUUUGGGUCAUGCCAAUAAUACCCAAACAAAAGACGUUGUGGAUAUGAUCCAUGCGCAAAAUUUAUCAAGUAGAUUACUUACUAUUGAGGAUUCUACUGUCGGUGCUAUGUGUCCUCUUUUUGGUAACGGUUCAACUAGCAUUACUCAAGUUGAAACCUAUCCCGAUUAUAACUUUUUAAAAGAUCCUAACGAUCUCAGUAUAAGAAAAUGCUGA